AUGAAUCUGCCAGCAAAAUGGAAUGCUUUUUAUUUGAACUGGGAAGGCGGGAAAACGUCCGCUAGUUAUUUUAAACCGACUACCCUUGAGGUACACCCACUUAACUUUGCGCCAAACUGCGGCAAAUUUCUCAGGAGUGAAAUUGGGGUCCAAUUAAAUACUGCCUUGGAGGGCUUGCUGUUGGUUCCAAUAUGUAUUCCGGCGGCCAAGACGCGGUACCGGAUGCUAGCGCGCAUCCAGGAUUUUUGGAAUCCAACAAGUUGCUACCAGGCGACAGGCAUGAGAGUCCAGAACAACAAACAUUACGCCGGUGAUUGCGCAAGGACAGUACUUUUCUACCCAGGCGACAAGGGUUCGGUGCCGUGUCUGCAAGUUCCGAGUUUAGUGAUCCUCGAUAGAGCAAAGGAAUAUUUGCCGGGAGGCUCUCAGCAGUAUUCUUCUCGUGCUUCGCCUGCGAUCAGCGCGACAAAGUGCAAGCAGAACAAGACAAGUUACAUUACCCGACCUGGGUUCCUUCAUAACUGGCGGCAUGGCUGGCAACCCUGUUGGAAUUUGGCUCCCGUUCGUGCAUUCGUCCAUCAAACCCCUGUUCCGCUGGACAGCUGUAAUGUGAAGAGGGGGCAUGGAGCCGCAGAAACAAGUGCAUUUGCGCCAUUUUAA